AUGACAGCUACCUUAAACUGGGCGGAUAUAUCCCCUGUUUUGGAAAAGGGCACCCGCGAAUCACUAGUGUCUAAAAGAGUACCUUUUUUGCAAGAUAUAUCACAGCUAGUUCGUCAAGAAACAUUGGAGAAACCUCAAUUAUCUGAAAUUGCUUCUGUUUUACUAAAUACGUUUGUGGUUUACGAAGACACAAAAUCUAAAAGCUUGGUGACCUCAAUAUUGCUUGACAUUUUGAGACUAGAACCAUGUCUUUUGGAAAACUUUGUCCAAUUCAUUUCUGGUGUCGUCACCAGUAAUCCGGCUACCAAGGCUGCCGCAGAUUACCUUAACUUGUUAGACUGGAUUAAUUCAUUGCUGGUUUUUGUUUCGCGUAAUUCAUCUUUACCUGAAGAAUUCAUUCCAAAACUGUUGGUCGCCCAUUCUUACGCAACAUUUGGUGUUGAAACAAUUCUUGAUAACCAGGAAGAUAGCAAGAAAUCUCAAGAUAAACAAAACCAACAUAGAAAAAGAAUCCGCCAAUGCAUUUUCCAAUCGACUGUGAAGACGUUUCUUAAAUGCUUGAAAGACAAUAACGAUUGCCUUUCUUAUCUGCAAACUGUAACUAACACUCUGCUUCAAGAGCACUCUAAGCUAAAGAUAACCAGUGUUGGUAUAGUUGUGAUAAUGGGUGCUUUAACUCAAACUACACUUCAAUUAUUGCCGAGGCAACCAAUUCUUUACUCUGACUUGAAGGAAAAUUCAGUGGAAAAGUUUUGCGAAUAUUUGGGCAGAGAAGUAUUUUUGGGGAAGAAUCCACCAUCUCCAUUUUGCUUAGAAGUUGGUUUGAAACCUUUUCUAAAGGAAUUUGUUUCGCAAAACCUGUUUACCACAUAUUUUGUCCCCAACAUUGAAAAAGCAAUUUUAAGAUCUCCCGAAGUUGGCUUUUCAACUUUAUCUGAGCUAUACGCUGGUGUUUCCACUGAGAAGGUAAAUCUCUUGAGUGUCUUUACUUCUUCCAAGCUACUUAGCCAAUCCUUCUCGGCAUUCAAAAGCUCAAAAGAAAUAGUCAGAAGCAUCUCGCUUCAUUCCGUGAUAACUCUACUGAGAAAGGUGUCAAAAAGUGGAACUAACUCGGAAGACUUGAUGAAGGUUGUCGAUGAAAUUUUCAAGAACAUCAAAUCGAAUUUAAACGCUGAUUAUAAGUCAAUGAUUUCUAAAAUCCUCAUAGAAAUACCCUUAACACACCGUGAGGUCUCCGAAAAAAUCUGUAAAGGCUUAUUUCCAUAUAUUUCUAAAGAAAGUAACGAAACAGCUUUGGCUCUAAUGCUGAAUGCCUUUUUCAUUCAUUAUUUCAGUUUAGCUGAAUCCAUCGAAGAAUUUAACAAGAUUGUAUCAGCUGGUUUUACGGAUAAAAAACCUGCUCUUAAAAAAUGCUGGUUUGCCUCUUUUUUGAACAAUUCUAAUACUGCCUCUGAACAAGUUCUUCUAGACUUCAUAGACGGUUGUCUGGAGUUUGUGAAGGACUCCAUCACGCAUUAUCAAACACAUGGACAUACAAGUAUUUUAGGAACUAUUGAAUUUAUAAACAAGAUACUAACAUUGAAUAACACUGAGCUACAUGAUCGCAUCAUGCAGCUAAUAGAAGCCCUUCCUGCAGAAACUUGUAUAGGUGAUGCGAUAUUGACCGCUACGCUGUCAACAGAACUCUCUAUCGAGAAUCGUAUUCACGCUGUAAAUUUACUACAAGAGUUGUUUUUCAAAAAGCCAGAAAUUAUUGGAUUUGGUGUCAUCAAUGCUAUCGAAAGGAGGAUGUGUGUACAAGAAUUAGUACCUCAGCAAAACAUCUCGUGCAAACAUAUUACAUCUGUACUACUGGCCAUAACCACCGAGUUACCUGACAAGGAAGCUUUAAUAAAGGUGUUAGUUAAUGCUCUCAUCGUAGCUCAAUGGAAUAUUUUCAAUGUCAAGAAUGGAUGGGCUGGGUUAGUUUUACGAGCAAAACUUGACCCAGCCGAAAUUGUUAAACAAAACGCUAAUGUUAUUAUCGAUAAGAUUGACAGAAUCACUACGGAUAAUGAAUGGAUAGAUACGAUUUACGGCACAUGUGCUCUACAAGCGGCUGCGUAUGCUGCAUUUAUUCAACCCGCCGAGUUUACUCCGCUUCUUUGUAGGACUAUCGCGACGGACCUAGAAAUAGGCGAUUUAUCACAAUUAUCCGAAGAAGACAUCGAUAUUUUCAAUGGCGAUGAAGGUGUUUUAGUGAUUAAUGUUUUGGAAGAAAGUAUAAAUAAGAAACUUUCUAACAAAAACUCCAAAGAGUAUGAAACCCUCAUGUGGGAACAAAAGAUUAGGAAGGAGCAAGCCAAGAAAAGUAUCAAAAAAUUGUCAAAAGAUGAGCAAGAGCUAGUUAACAAACAAUUGGCCAAAGAAUCUGAAAUCAGAUUGCGUGUCUCAGGUAUUUUUACUCGUUUAAAGCGUGGAGUUAGAUUGGUUUCUGAACUAUCUAAAGCUGCUUGCUUAGUGGAAAAUGGUAUUGCUACUUGGUUCCCAUUAGCGGUCACAAAGUUCUUGCGUUUAUGCUCAGAAAAGAAUAUUUCAAAACUAACGGACGAUGUAAAUGAAAUCUUCUUGCAGCUUUCUCAAAAUGUAUCCGACAGACUAGGCAACAUCAGGCUUUUCCUUGGUUUAGCAACUUUGCGUGUACACAAUGCUAAGAAUAUCUCAGAAAAUUAUUUGCAAGAGCCAUUGGUUGAAGCACUGUCGAGAGUUCUUUUCAGAAUUAAGUUUGUGUCUAACCAAGCUGCUCUGGACUCCAUUAGUUUGACUUAUAUCUUACCAUUGUUAAUCAAUGUUUUGGAGAAGGGUAAAUCGGUGGCACUAAAGAAUGCUGAUAAGCCUGUUGUUAAAGCUGAAUUUAUUGAAGAAGACGAAGAAGAAGAGCAUUUGUUAUUAGCUAUGGAAAUUAUUUCUGUGCAUGCUGAAGCUUUUGUUGACCCUUCUAUCCCCAGAAUCUCUAUUAUCGAAGUUUUGUUAUCACUUCUUUCUUUGCCAUCAAAGGCAAAGAUUGCUAAGGACUGCUUUAAUGCGUUGUGCCAAAGCAUAUCUGUUGCUCCAAACCAAGAAGAUCUCACUAUAAUGCUGUCAAAUUUAUUGUCACCUAAUCAAUUUGUUCGUUCAACAAUAUUGGAAACAAUAGAUAAUGAAUUUGAACUGGAACCAUUCUUGAAAUACUCACCAGAAGUUUUCAUUUGUAGAUUUGAUUCGGACCCUUCAAACCGCGAAACUGCAGAUUUCAUAUGGGAAUUCAACAAGUUUUGUAUCAACGAUAAACUAAUGAAGAGCCUGCUUCCAUUAUUCAAUCAAGAUGAUAGUGGUUUAAGAUUAUUUGUUGCUAACGCAUAUGCUUUUGGUGCAAUAACUAUAUCCACUUCAGAACACAGGUCCCCAGACGUUUACUUGAACAAUCUAAUGGACUUUUAUAAGGAGAAUGCCAGACCACUGGAACCAAUUCUUGAUCAAUUUGGUUUGAUUCUUGUACCUGCUAAUGAACAGAAGGAUCCAUGGCAAGGAAGAAGUACAACUGCGAUCACAUUGAAAAUCAUGGCCAAAGCUCUUUCUGCAGAUGAGAAUACUGUUGUUAAUAUUAUAAAGUUUUUAGUCGAUGAUGGAGGUCUAGUAGACAGAGAGCCAAUUGUUCGUCAAGAAAUGAAAGAAGCUGGUGUUGAAUUAAUCACUUUGCAUGGUUCUCAAAAAUCUGAAGAGUUGAUUCCAUUUUUUGAAGAAGCGUUGAGUUCUAGUACAAAUAGUGCCUUAAAGGAAAAUGUUAUUAUUCUUUAUGGUACAUUAGCAAGACAUUUACAGGAAAGUGAUGCAAGAAUUCACACAAUUAUUGAAAGGUUACUUUCCACUCUCGACACUCCUUCAGCUGAUAUUCAACAAGCAGUCUCGGCUUGUAUAGCGCCAUUGGUUUUUCAAUUCAAACCUAGAGUUGGCGAAUAUUUGAAUCUUUUAAUGGACAAACUAUUAAACCCAACAGUCGCCGCUUCCAUACGGAAAGGUGCUGCUUGGGGUAUUGCAGGUUUGGUUAAAGGUUACGGUAUUUCAGCGCUUUCAGAGUUUGAUAUAAUCCGUAACCUCAUAGAAGCUGCAGAGGACAAAAAAGAGCCAAAAAGACGCGAAUCUGUUGGAUUCUGCUUUCAAUAUUUAUCUCAAUCGUUAGGUAAGUUUUUUGAACCGUAUGUGAUCGAAAUUCUACCAAAUAUCCUGAAAAAUUUAGGUGAUGCUGUUCCUGAAGUUAGGGAUGCGACCGCUCGUGCAACAAAGGCGAUAAUGGCUCAUACUACCGGGUACGGUGUCAAAAAAUUGAUUCCAGUCGCUGUCUCAAAUUUGGAUGAAAUUGCAUGGAGAACCAAAAGAGGUUCUGUCCAGUUGCUAGGUAACAUGGCCUACUUGGAUCCUACCCAACUAUCAGCUUCUUUAUCUACCAUUGUUCCUGAAAUUGUUGGUGUUUUGAACGAUUCUCAUAAGGAAGUACGUAAGGCUGCUGAUGAAUCAUUGAAAAGAUUUGGUGAAGUUAUCAGAAAUCCGGAAAUUCAAAAAUUGGUCCCUAUUCUAUUACAAGCCAUUGGCGAUCCAACCAAAUACACAGAGGAAGCGUUGGAUUCAUUGAUCCAAACUCAGUUUGUUCAUUAUAUUGAUGGUCCGUCAUUGGCAUUAAUCAUUCACAUUAUCCACCGUGGUAUGCAUGAUAGAUCUGCCAACAUUAAGAGAAAAGCAUGUAAGAUUGUUGGUAAUAUGGCCAUUUUGGUUGAUACUAAGGACCUUGUUCCGUACUUGCAACAAUUAAUUGAUGAAGUUGAGAUUGCUAUGGUCGAUCCUGUUCCAAAUACUAGAGCCACAGCGGCACGUGCAUUAGGUGCGUUGGUAGAAAGGUUGGGUGAAGAGCAAUUCCCAGAUUUGAUUCCUCGUCUAUUGGAUACUUUGAGUGACGAAUCCAAAUCAGGUGAUCGUCUCGGUUCAGCUCAAGCUCUUGCCGAAGUUAUUAGUGGUUUAGGUUUGACUAAAUUGGAUGAAAUGUUACCAACCAUUUUAGCUGGUGUAACUAACUUCCGCACUUAUAUUAGAGAGGGUUUCAUGCCUUUAUUGCUUUUCCUUCCUGUUUGCUUUGGAUCCCAAUUUGCUUCAUAUAUUAACCAAAUCAUUCAGCCUAUUCUUUCCGGUCUGGCUGAUAAUGACGAAAAUAUUCGUGAUACUGCUUUAAAAGCUGGUAAGCUAAUUGUUAAAAAUUAUGCUACAAAGGCCGUUGAUCUACUAUUGCCCGAGUUAGAAAGGGGUAUGUUUGAUGAAAAUGACAGAAUCCGUUUAUCAUCUGUUCAAUUAACGGGUGAGUUAUUGUUCCAAGUUACUGGUAUUUCUUCCAAGAACGAAUUUUCUGAAGAAGAUGGUGACCAUAACGGUGAGUUCUCUGGUAAAUUGGUUGAUGUACUUGGCCAAGAUCGUCGUGACAGAAUUUUGGCCGCAUUAUUUGUAUGCAGAAACGAUACCUCCGGUAUUGUGCGUGCUACGACGGUGGAUAUUUGGAAGGCUUUGGUGCCGAAUACUCCAAGAGCUGCCAAGGAAAUCCUUCCAACCUUAACCGGUAUGAUUGUUACUCAUUUAGCUUCACCAUCCCAUACAUUGCGUAACAUUGCUGCUCAAACUUUGGGUGAUCUUGUUCGUCGUGUUGGUAGUAAUGCUCUUUCGCAAUUGCUACCAAGUUUGGAGGAAUCUCUAGUAGAAACGCCAAACCCAGAUUCGAGACAAGGUGUUUGUAUUGCUCUCCAUGAACUAAUUGAAUCAGCUUCCGCCGAAACCAUUUCACAGUUCCAAUCUAUUAUAGUGAACAUAAUCCGAACCGCCUUAAUUGAUGAAUCUGCUACUGUCAGACAAGCAGCCGCGCAAUCGUUUGACGUAUUUCAAGAUGUUGUCGGAAAAACGGCUGUUGAUGAGGUGUUACCAUAUUUGUUGCACAUGCUUGAAUCAUCUGAUAACUCCGGUUUCGCUUUGUUAGGUUUACAAGAGAUUAUGUCGAAAAAGUCUGAUGUCAUAUUCCCAAUCUUAAUACCGACCUUAUUGUCUCCUCCAAUAGACGCGUUUAGAGCUUCAGCAUUAGGUUCAUUGGCAGAAGUCGCUGGAUCAGCUUUAUACAAGCGUUUGUCAAUUAUAGUCAACGCUUUGGUCGACGCUAUUAUAACAAUCUCUGGUGACGAGUCUACUAAGGCAGCACUGGAGGUUGCACUGGACAGAGUAUUUUUAUCUGUGACUGACGAUGAAGGUCUUCACCCACUACUUCAACAAAUCAUGUCUUUACUAAAAAACGACAAUAUAGAAAAGCGUAUAGUCAUUCUAGAGCGUUUGCCAAACUUCUUUGAUAAAACGACUCUUGAUUUCGGUAUCUAUAUUCCUGACUUUGUCUCACAUGCAAUUUUAUCGUUGGAUGAUGAGGAUCCUAGAGUUGUUAAAGGGAACUUCGAUGCUCUGUCCACUUUAUUAAAGAAGGUUGAUAAACCUACCCUAGAAAAAUUGGUCAAACCUUCAAAGCAAUCUUUAGCAUUGACAGGUAAACAAGGAGAAGAUCUAGCAGCCUUCGUGUUACCAAGAGGUCCAAACUGUAUUUUACCUAUUUUCUUGCAUGGUUUGAUGUAUGGUUCCAAUGACGAAAGGGAAGAAUCUGCUUUAGCCAUUGCUGACGUUGUUUCGAAGACACCUGCUGCUAAUUUGAAACCAUUCGUGAGUGUCAUUACUGGUCCAUUGAUUCGUGUUGUAGGUGAGAGAUUUAGUAGUGACAUCAAAGCAGCCAUUUUGUUUGCACUCAAUGUCUUAUUUGUUAAAAUUCCAAUGUUUUUGAGACCCUUUAUUCCGCAAUUACAAAGAACAUUUGUUAAGUCUUUGUCUGAUGCAUCGAAUGAAACACUUCGUCUACGUGCAGCAAAAGCUCUUGGUGCUUUGAUUGAACAUCAGCCUCGUGUUGACCCAUUAGUCAUUGAAUUGGUGACAGGUGCCAAGCAAGCAACCGACGAAGGUGUUAAAACAGCAAUGCUUAAGGCUUUACUAGAGGUUAUUAUCAAAGCUGGUUCUAAAUUAAACGAGAGUUCAAAAAUACACAUUGUCAAUUUGGUUGAGGAAGAAAUGCUAGGUAGUAACGAUAAAUUGGCAGUUGCUUACGCUAAAUUGAUUGGUUCAUUAUCGGAAAUUUUAUCCAGCCAAGAAGCCCAUAAGAUUCUUCAAGACAAGGUUUUGAAUGCUGAUUUAGAAGGAGAAACAGGUAAGUUUGCCAUUUUGACUCUAAACUCAUUCUUGAAAGAUGCUCCUAUACAUAUCUUUAACACAGGCUUGGUAGAUGAAGUUAUAAGCUACACUGUCAAUGCGAUUCAAUCUCCUGAUGUAUACUUUGGAGAAAACGGUGCUAUUGCUGCUGGUAAAUUGCUCCUGUUAGAAGGAGAGAGAAGAUCUCCUUUCGUUAAAACAGAUGCACCAGAAGCAUUUAAAAUUGGCGAUGAAAACAUAAGUCUAUUGAUCAAAGAACUAAGUAAGGCUGUUUUGCAACCAGCUAGCAAUUCAACAGACGUGAGAAGAUUGGCUUUAGUUGUCAUUAGGACAUUGGCAAGAUUCAAAUUCGAGGAAUGUAUCAAACCGUACUACAAUCUUUUGGGACCAUCGGUAUUCGCAUGUUUGCGCGACCCAGUUAUUCCAAUCAAGCUUGCCGCAGAAAAGGCAUACUUAGCUUUAUUUAAACUGGCUGAGGAAAAUGAUAUGCACACUUUCAACGAGUGGUUUUCUGGAAUUUCUGGUGGUGAAAGCACUAUCGAAAGCAUUACAGGUACUACCAUUCAAUUAAGAUCCAUUGGAGACUACACCAAAAGAGUUGGUAAAAGAUUGGCAAAUGUCGAAAGAGAAAGAAUUGCCGCCGGUGGUGAUGCGGAAACCAUGUUUAGUGACAGAUUUGAAGAUGAAAGAGAAAUAUGGGCAGUUGGAGGUGUUGAGUUGACCACAGAUAUUUGA